AUGGAUACCCUCUCUAUAGACGACAGUCAUCUACUCACACCAUACAAAAAAAAGGGGAUUCAUUUUGACAAUACGCGUGUUGUCCCCUACAACAAGAAAUUACUACUCAAGUACCAUGCUCACAUUAACAUGGAAUGGUUUAAUAAAAGUACGUCAAUCAAGUAUCUUUUCAAAUACAUACACAAAGGACAUGACCGAAUUACCGCAUUAGUUGUUCAUAACUCGGCACAAAAUGGUUGUCCUAAUGAACCUGUAGAUGAGAUAAAGCAGUACCUUGACUGCAGGUACGUAUCCCCCUGCGAGGCAAGUUGGAGAAUCUUCUCUUACAGUAUACAUGGACGGCAGCCGGCAGUUGAGCGCAUGUUUUUCCAUCUAAUUGGUGAGAAGUCCGUCUACUACCCAGAUCAUGCCCGUAUGGAAAAUGUCUUAGAGGAGGCGAGUGUCACGGAAUCUAUGUUUACUUCGUGGUUAGUUGCAAAUCAGACCUAUGAGGGUGCGAGACAAUUGACUUAUGGCCAAUUUAUCACGAAGUUUGUUUACCAUAAAAGGGAAAGGGCGUGGAAGCCACAGAAAAAGGGUUACACCAUUGGACGACUUAUUUGGGUUCCACCCACAACCGGAUAG